AUGUUAAGAAAUACAUAUAACAGUGAUAUCCUGAGGAUCCAAGGCUUUGACAUUUCUCCAGAGUUCACCUACCCGCUGUUUUUCUUGCUGCUGUUUGUUUACUUCACCCUGCUUUUUUCCAACAUAGGAGUCCUUGUGCUUAUCAUCACUGAGAAGAGUUUGCACCAGCCCAUGUACAUUCUUUUUUGUAACCUGUCUGUCAAUGAUCUAAUAGGUAACACAGUCCUGCUGCCUCAGCUGAUGGCUCACAUCAUUUCAACCGAACGCUUUAUCACCUAUAACCAAUGUGUGGUUCAAGCCUUUCACAGCCACACAUUUGGAUCAGCCUCACAUAUGAUUCUCAUCAUUAUGGCCAUAGACAGAUAUGUGGCGAUAUGUCAUCCCUUAAGGUACAGGUCAAUUAUGACUACCAAAGCUGUGAUUGGGCUGUCAGCGAGUGCAUGGGGGGUGUCCUUGCUGCUGGUGUCUGUUUUGAUUGGUCUCACAGUGAGACUAUCCCGCUGUAGAUCAGUUAUACAAAAUGCUUACUGUGACAACGCGUCACUGUUCAAGCUUUCUUGCGAGGAUGUGUCUAUCAACAACAUCUAUGGACUCUUUUUCACUGUGCUGCUGUUUGGUUGCUCAAUGGGAGGCAUCGCUGCCACCUAUUUCAAAAUAGCUCUCAUCUGCCUGGUCAAGAAAAACAAAGAGUUGCAAAACAAAGCAAUUCAAACUUGCGCCAGCCACCUUGUCCUUUAUCUUAUUAUGCUCUGGUCGGGGUUUCUAACAAUCAUACUGCAUCGAUUCCCAAAUUACCCAGAUUUAAGAAAGAUUGCUUACAUUUUAUUUCAUGUGAUUCCUGCUAAUUUAAACCCAAUUAUUUAUGGGAUGCAGACAAGGUCAUUACGUGAUAAAAUUAUCCAAAUACUGCAAAGAAAAGUGACUCCAACCUGA